CACUGCAAAAAAUUGUGGCCCGCCAAAAUAAAAGAAAACAAUAGUUAAGUUUAUUUAUUAAGCAAGAAUAAUGAUGAAAAGCGAACCGAAUGCGGACAAGGAAGAUGAGGCGGAGGUGCCACCACCCACCACCGCGAUUUCGGGUCACAUCCAGGCCAUCGGCAAGGACACAGUGCACAAAAUCUGCUCGGGACAGGUGGUUCUCAGCUUGGCAGUGGCCGUCAAGGAGCUGGUGGAGAACUCCAUAGACGCGGGUGCCACGCUGGUGGAGAUCAAGCUGAAGGAUCAGGGCCUGCAGGGCGUGGAAGUCAGCGACAAUGGCAGUGGCGUGGAGGAAGCGAAUCUGGAGGGCAUGACGGCCAAGUACCACACCUCGAAGAUCCGGGAGUUCGUGGACCUGCUGGGCGUGGAAACAUUCGGAUUUCGCGGAGAGGCCCUGAGUUCACUUUGUGCCUUGUCGGAUAUGGUUAUCCAAACGCGGCACAAGUCCACCGAGGUGGGCAUCAAGGUGGAACUAGACCACGAGGGCCGUAUCAAGAAGCGUUCUCCUUGUGCCCGUGGCGUUGGCACCACCGUCACCCUGUCCAAUCUAUUUUCUACUUUACCCGUUCGUCGCCGUGACUUCACCCGCAACAUCAAGAAGGAGUUCACCAAGAUGUGCCAGAUACUGCAGGCCUAUUGCCUGGUCACCAAGGGUGUGCGCAUCUUGUGCAGCAACCAGACGCCCAAGGGCGCCAAAACUGUGGUGCUGCAAACGCACGGCGAUCAGGAGGUCAUGGCCAAUAUAUCAGCCAUUUUUGGGGCUCGCCAGGCGGCGGAUCUGGUGCCCCUGAAGUCGCCUUUCGGGCAGGGACAACUGAGCGAGGCGGGACUGCGGGCAGAUCUCGAGUCUUCUGUAGAUGCAGCCGAUACAACUUGUCCGCAAAUCAGUGCCGAGGAUGUGGAGCGACUGAAUCAAGCGGACUUCCAAUUGGAGGGCUUCAUUUCCAGCUGCCGACAUGGCGCUGGGCGUUCUAGCAGAGAUCGGCAGUUCUUUUUCGUCAACUCAAGGCCCUGCGAUCCCAAGAACAUAGCCAAGGUGAUGAACGAGGUGUACCAUCGCUAUAAUGGCCAACAGCAGCCCUUCAUCUACCUAAAUAUUGUCACGGCGCGCUCCGACGUGGAUGUGAAUCUCACGCCCGACAAGCGACAGUUGUUGAUCAACAACGAACGGAUUCUCCUGCUGGCUCUGAAGAAAUCCCUGCUGGACACCUUUGGCCAAACACCAGCUACAUUUCAAAUGCAAAACACCACCAUUGUGAGCAUGCUAGAGCCCAAAGUGAAGCUGGAAAUAACUGAAUAUUCCGAAGAAUCUAUUAAGAAAGAAAUGAGUGAAGAGACACCCGAUGAAGAUGUUCCCAUUAGUUCAUCGCAGAGGUUCAUGGAUGUGCUCACCCAGUGGCGACGCACUGGCGAUACAAAAGGUACGGUGCCUUCAGUUCCUGUCAAGCGCCGAUGCAGUGAGACCGAGGAGUUGGCCACGCGAUCCUUUAAAAUGCAAAAGAUUCAUAGUUUUCUUAGCCAAGAGUCGCCUAAGGAGCAGAACUCGAAAUGCGAUUCGGAGUCUGAAGGAGCGAGUGACAAUGAAAAGAUAAAGGAAAACAAGGAGAAGGGCAACCUGGAUAAUAGUUUCCUUAACUUAAAAGAGCUGGCUAAGGAGUCCGAAGCCUAUGAUCUUCUGACGCAACCAGCUAGGAUUCCUCGCAUUGAUUGCAAGGUCCUUACGCCGGUUAAAAGUCAACGCAGUAUUGCCGAGUUCAAGAUUAACUCGAUGGCACUGCCCAAAAAGGAGUCUCCAACAGAUAUCGCACCAGAUCCUCCUAGUUCUUCUCAGUUGACCGAGGAAACAGAUACGGCCAGCGACGAUGAUGACCACAUUGAGCUGCCCACACGCAUUGAGUUUGAUGAACAGGUGGAGGAGGGACCGCCUGCCAAUUUCUCAAGCGGAGAGUUGACUACCACGCUGGAGGAGAUCGCGUCUUCUUUAAAGGCCCAUGAGCAGCAGCAGAGGGAUCGCAGGGCCAGGGCCAAACUUCAGCGUCUGCGUUUCAAGAGCGAAAUUAAUCCGAACCAAAACAACAACGCUGAGGCGGAAUUGCAGCGGGAAAUCGGGAAAGAAGACUUUGCCCGCAUGGAAAUCAUAGGACAGUUUAAUCUUGGCUUUAUAAUUGUCAAACUAGAGGAUGAUCUCUUCAUCGUGGAUCAGCAUGCCACCGAUGAGAAGUACAACUUUGAGACACUGCAGCGCACCACUCAGUUGGAGUAUCAGCGCUUGACAGUGCCCCAGAAUCUAGACCUGACGGCGGUAAACGAGAUGGUGCUUAUAGACCACCUACCUGUCUUUGAGAAGAACGGCUUUAAGUUCGAAAUAGAUCACGAGGCUCCUGCCACGAAGAAGGUGCGUCUGUUGGGCAAGCCGCAUAGCAAACGGUGGGAGUUCGGCAAGGAGGACAUAGAUGAACUCAUCUUCAUGCUGCAAGAUGCGCCCGAGGGCACCAUUUGUCGUCCAUCCAGGGUGCGAGCUAUGUUCGCCUCUCGAGCGUGCCGGAAAUCCGUGAUGAUUGGCACAGCUCUGAGCAGGAACACAACGAUGAGGAGACUCAUCACGCAGAUGGGGGAAAUCGAACAGCCUUGGAACUGUCCUCAUGGACGUCCCACCAUGCGUCAUCUCAUAAACGUCACAAUGCUUUCGGGCAAUGAGGAUGAUGAGGAGGAAGCUGAUCCGGCUCCAAUGACGCCAGAAUAGCUUUAAGAAAUAGCAUGUUUCAGAAGCACUAAUAAACAGGAUUCCCUUCCGCCAAAUUCCUUUUGGAUAAAGCUGCCGAAAAGGAUCGGUUAUCCCUGGCCUCCUUAGAUCCACAGCGGACCAAU